UAAUUAUUGGCCGUGCUACUCGGUUACAAUUUCAAUACAAAGAACAAAACAGGGUUCUACACCAUAGGAAAUCCCUUUGAAUUCCCUCACAUUUCCCACCAUAGUAGUGUUCCGUUUCUCAGUUAGGGCAGUACGAUGCCCCUUUUUAUCUCCGACGAUGAGCUCUCGCGUCAUUCGAACGACGCGUCCUUCAUCGCCGCUAAAGCCGACGAUUUCAUUAAAUCUUUACAAGCGGAGCUUGAGUCGGUUAAGGCAGCCGCUGAUGCAGCGGCGAUCACGGCGGAGCAGACUUGCUCGCUUCUAGAGCAGAAGUUCUUGUCUCUCUCGAGCGAAUUCUCAAACCUAGAAUCUCAAAACGCACAGCUUCAGUCUUCCCUCGAUGAUCGUCUUUCUGAGCUUGCUGAGGUUCAGGCUCAGAAGCAUCAGCUUCAUCUCCAAUCUAUUGGGAAGGAUGGGGAGGUAGAGAGACUGACAAUAGAGGUGUCAGAGGUUCAAAAGUCAAAAAGGCAGCUGAUAGAGUUGGUUGGACAGAAGGAUUCAGAAAUUAGAGAAAAGAACAUCACAAUUAGUGGCUACCUUGAUAAGAUAGUGGCUUUGACGGAUAAAGCAGCACAGAAGGAAGCCAGAUUUAGUGAAAUUGAGGCAGAGUCGGCUCGACAACGUGCUGACUCUGCUCGCUUUUUACAGGAGAAGGAACUCAUUGAAAGGCACAAUGCUUGGCUAAAUGAGGAAUUGACUAUAAAAGUUGACAGUCUAAUCAAGUUGCGUAGAAAACAUGCUGAUCUUGAUGAAGAAAUGUCUUCUAAGCUUGCAGAUGUUGAAAGGCAAUUCGAUGAAUGCUCUAGUUCUCUUAAGUGGAAUAAAGAAAGAGUGAAGGAGCUAGAAUUGAAGUUAACAACCAUGCAGGAGGAACUACACUCACAUCAAGAUACCUCCGCUGCCAAUGAAGAACAGUUUUCUGCUGAAAUCUCAACGACAAGUAAGCUUGUCGAACUAUAUAAAGAAAGCUCUGAGGAAUGGUCAAAGAAGGCAGGGGAACUUGAGGGUGUAAUCAAAGCUUUGGAAACUCAUUUGAAUCAAGUUGAAAAUGAUUAUAAAGAGAGACUUGAUAAGGAAUUAUCUGCAAGAAAUCAGUUGGAGAAGGAGGCAGCGGAUUUGAAAAGUAAACUUGCAAAGUGUGAAGCUGAGGUUGAAAGUUGUAGAAAAGAAAAUGAACUGAACCUUCUUCCAGUUGGAAGUUUGCCUAUAGAAAGAUGGAGGGUUUCACUUGAUUCUAGUGAGAUUGUGGAAGAUGACAACAUACUUGUGCCUAAGAUACCGGUGGGUGUUUCAGGAACAGCACUAGCAGCUUCUCUGCUUCGUGAUGGUUGGAGUCUGGCUAAAAUGUAUGCAAAAUACCAAGAAGCAGUUGAUGCUUUUCGCCAUGAGCAGUUGGGCAGGAAAGAAUCUGAAGCGAUAUUACAGCGGGUUUUAUAUGAGUUAGAGGAGAAAGCUGGUAUUAUUCUGGAUGAAAGAGCUGAGUAUGAUAGAAUAACAGAAUCACACUCUGUUAUCAACCAAAAGUUGCAGCUCUCAAUCUCUGAACAAGAAAAUCUUGAGAAAACAAUCCGAGAACUAAAGGUUGACUUGAGGAGAUGUGAACGUGAGAACAGUAUGGCUCAAAAGGAGAUUGUGGAUCUUCAGAAACAGGUAACCAUUCUUCUCAAGGAGUGUCGUGAUAUACAGCUUCGUUGUGGAACUACUGGGCACGAUGAGGCUGAUGACUGCACAGCAAUUGUUGCCGUUCAGAUGGAUGUGGAGCCUGACACUGAAAAAGUAAUUUCAGAACGACUUUUGACCUUCAAGGACAUAAAUGGAUUAGUUGAGCAAAAUGUUCAGCUCCGAAGCCUUGUGCGCAAUCUGUCUGAUCAGAUUGAAAAGAAAGAGAUGGAGUUCAAGGAAAAUCAUGAAAUGGAGAUCAAACAACACAUGGAUGAAGCAGCUUGCAAAGUGGCUGCUGUGAUGCAACGUGCGGAAGAGCAGGGACGUAUGAUUGAAUCACUUCAUACUUCUGUUUCUAUGUACAAAAGAUUAUAUGAAGAGGAGCAUAAACUUCAUUCAUCAUAUUCACAUUCUUCAGAUGCACCGUCAGAUGACGGGAGAAAAAACCUCUUGCUUCUUCUUGAAGGCUCUAAGGAAUCUGUUAAGGCUGCCCAGGAAAAGGCUGCUGAGCGAAUAAGGUCUCUUGAAGAGGAAUUGACAAAAUCUAGGGGAGAUAUAUUUUUACUACGAUCAGAACGUGACAAGCUGGCUCUGGAUGCAAAAUAUACAAGAGAGCGGCUUGACAGUUAUAUGAAAAACAAUGAGCAACUGCAAAAUGAAUUAAUUAGCGUCAGAUCAAGGAAUGUGGAGUUCACACAACUCAUAGUUGAUUACCAAAGAAAAGUCCGAGAAAGUUCAGAAGCAAUGCAUGCAUUUGAGGAGCAAUCUCGGAAGUUAAAUAUGGAGUUAUCUGUUCUCAAGCAUGAAAAGGAGAUGUUGGCAAAUGCUGAAAAAAGGGCUUCUGAUGAAGUUCGUAGUUUGUCAGAGAGAGUCUAUCGCUUGCAGGCUAGCUUGGACGCUAUACAUAGUGCUGAGGAGGUUCGCGAGGAAGCAAGAGCUGCUGAGAGGAGAAAACAAGAGGAUUCUAUAAAACAAAUUGAGAGAGAAUGGGCCGAGGCAAAGAAAGAGCUGGAACAGGAGCGAAGUAAUGUCAGAUGUCUGACAUCCGACCGUGGAGAAACUAUGAAAAAUUCCAUGAGGCAACUUGAGGAAAUGCAGAAACUUUUAGCUAAUGGACAUCAUGCUGUUUCUGCUGCUGAGAUCAGGGCUGCUGUUGCUGAGGCCAAAUUGGCUGACUUGGAGAAAAAGGUGCAAACUUCUUAUGCAAAGGAAUCUGUGGAAAACGGCGGCAUUCCCUCCUCUAAUUUAACUACUGAGGACGUCACAGAGCUGUCUAGGGCAGAAAAAGAAAUUGAAAAACUAAAACAGGAAACGAAAGAUAACAAGGAGCAUAUGGAGCAGUAUAAGAGCAUAGCGCAGGUAAAUGAAUCUGCACUAAAGCAGAUGGAAGUUGCUCAUGAAAACUUCAAAAUUGAGUCUGAAAGGUUGAAGGAAUCAUUAGAAGCUGAAGUUCGCUCACUCAGAGAGAGAACUUCAGAGCUUGAAAAUGAAUUAAAAUUGAAGUCUGAAGAAUUAGCCUCUGCUACUGCGGGAAAUGAUGAUGCUCUUACUUCUGCCUAUACUGAAAUAGCUGCUCUGAAGGAAGAAAGCUUAAGUAAAAUCUCUCAAAUUAGGGACUUGGAAAGUCAAGUUUCUGCUCUAAAAGAAGAUCUAGCGAAGGAACAUCAGCGCUGGCGUGUUGCUCAAGAUAACUACGAAAGACAGGUUCUUCUGCAAUCUGAAACAAUUAAGGAGUUGACGAGAACCUCACAGGCUUUGGCCAAGCUCCAACAGGAAUCAUCUGAUCUGCGUAAAUUGGCAGAUGAACAGAAAAUUGAAAAUAAUGAAUUAAAGGCUAAAUGGGAAGUGGAUAAAUCAUUACUAGAGGAAUCAAAAAACAAAGCUGAGAAAAAGGCUAAUGAACUCGACGAACAGAAUAAGACAUUGCACAAUAAACUCGAGGCUUUACACUUUCAGUUGGCUGAGAAAGAUCGUAGUGCUGCAGGUAUUUCUUCUGGGAGAAGCACUAUUGCAGAUUCCCAGAGUGAUACAGGGUUGCAAAAUGUAAUCAACUAUCUUAGAAGGUCAAAGGAAAUAGCAGAAACUGAGAUUUCUUUGCUAAAGCAGGAAAAGCUUCGGUUGCAAUCCCAACUUGAGAAUGCUCUGAAGGCAGCAGAAACUGCUCAGGCUUCACUUCAUGAUAAACGUUUAAAUUCGAGGACAUUGUUAUCAGCAGAAGAGAUCAAUUUGCUUCAACUUCAGGUUGGCGAACUGAACUUACUGCGUGAAAGCAAUAUGCAAAUGAGAGAGGAGAACAAGCAAAAUUUUGAAGAAUGCCAGAAAUUGCGAGAAGUAGUGCAAAAGGCUAGGGCCGAGUAUGAUAGUCUAGAAUCUCUAUUGAGGGAGAGAGAAGUUGAGAUAGAAGCUUCCAAGAAGAAGAUUGAAAUGGAAAGGAUGGAGAAAGAUCACCUGGAAAAGAGGCUUUCUGAGGUGCUUAAGAGGUCAGGUAAUAUUGAUUUUGAGGAUUAUAAUCGAAUGAAGAAUGACAUUCAAGAGAUUCAGGAGAAAAUGAAAGAGAAGGAAUCCGAGAUAGAUGAAGCCAAGAACCUCGUGUUAAAACAAGAGGAGACUGUGUUAAAACUGCAGCAAGAUCUUUCCAAGAGCGAAUUAGAUUUGAGUCAGAGAGAGAAAAGGAUACAUGAGAUUUUGCAAACUGAGGCUGGUAAUAAAUCAGACUUGGAAAGGCAGAAGAAGUUGGUCAUUCAGUUGAAGAAAAAAUCUGAAAGUUUAUUAAGGGAGAAGGAUGAAUUCAGCAAGGAAAAACAGGCACUUUCCAAGCAGAUUGAGGACCUGAAACAAGGUAAGAGGUCACUUGGAAAUGCCAGUGGCGAGCAGGUCAUGAAAGAGGAGAAAGAACAUAGAAUACAGAUUCUGGAAAAAAUUCUUGAGAGGCAGAGAGAUGAAUUGAAAAAGGAGAAAGAGGAUCGUCGGGCAGAAAAAGAGAAGAAUCUUAAAGCUGUAGAAAACUUGAUUGUGGAGAAAGUCAAACAGGUUGAACAGGAGAAGUCAAAGUUCACAAAUAGACUUGAGGAACAUAAGGAGGCAUUGAGGCGUCUGUCUGAUGAACUAGAAAAGCUUAAGCAUGCUGAAGGAAAUCUUCCAGAGGGUACCUCUGUGGUGCAGCUUCUAUCUGGGGCUGUCUUGGAUGAUCUCGCUACUGCGUAUGUUUUGGCUGUUGAAAGCUUUGAGAAGUCUGCUAAUUCUGUUUCAGUCCAGCUUGGAGCUACUUCUCCUCCUGCACAUACGUCUAUUUCAGACGCUACUGGUGCACUUUCUGCAGGCCAGUUGGUUCCUUCUCAGCCCAUUACAAGCUCAACUGCCAGCCCUACAAGAAGCCACUUGACUGCCAAUGCAACAGAAGGAAACGAGAGAAGGAUAUCUGUACCUAAACCCAAUAAUGAAACUCGUAAGACAGGUAGAAAGUUGGUCAGGCCCCGUCUUGUUAAACCUGCUGAACCUCAGGCUAAUAUAGGGAUGUCAGAGGUUGAAGGUUCCAACACUCGGGGGAAGGUUGCACCAGCUAACGAGUCUGAAACUCAACGUAAUCUCUCUUCGUUACCUCAACCACCAGCUCGUAAGCGCCUUGCUUCAACUGCUUCGGAGCUGAAUGAGCAGCCGGGUAAUUCUGCGGACACCAGUACUGAUAUGGCACCUAUGUUUAAAAAACCCAAAACUCCUGUUUCUUUACAUGAGGGUGCUGAAGGUCAAUCAGCCGCUCCAUCGGAAUGUUUGAUGUCUGUGCCACCUGUUGAUGAAGCUUUAGAUGCAGCUGCUAGUAAUAUAGCUCCAGGAGCAAAAGAGGAAAGUAUGGCUGAGAAAGAAGAGGCAGACAGUAGUGGGGAGAAAGAUGAGCUGCCCAAAGAGUCGGAAUCUGAGCUAGAUGAUCUGACGGAAUUCCAGAAUGAGAAAGAUGAUGGAGAAAUGAUUUUAGAUAAGCCAAGUGGACACGGAAUGGACUUGGACAGUAGUAGUUCAAAGGAUCUGGCCGUGGAUGACUACCAACAAACUGGGAUGGAAUUUGAGAGUGAGAGGGAAGAGGGAGAGCUAGGUCCUGAUGGCACUGAAGUCGAUGAAGGCGCCAAUACGUGUAAUGUAAUAGGGAGCCCAGAAAUUGGUGAGGGACUACCAGAUGUUGACAUUACUCCUGUGACUUCACCUUCUAGGAUUGAUGAGGAUGCAGUUGCUGCUGGAAUGGAGGUGGGCGAGAUUAAUCAAUCUGAGGUUGUUAAUGAAGAAAAAAAUGACGAAGGUGAGGAAUGUUCUGAGAAAUCAAUUGAUGGUAAUGAUCAGAUUGAAGUUGAGAAUGAUCAGAAUCCUGAAAUUACCUCACCAGUUGUUGAGAGUGGAGUGGUAAAUACAGCAACAGAAGUUGACAGCUCAAAACAUGCAAUAGGAUCUGAAGAAGUUAAACAGGUGUCACCUGCAACUAGUUCUUCAACUGUUGUUGAUUUAGCAAAGAGAGCCAGGGAGAGGGCUAUGUUGAGACAGUCCGGAGCUACAGUGCUUUCUUCUCCAGGCAACAGGGGCCGUGGGCAACCAAUACGUGGCGGGCGCGGUGGGCGUAGUGCACGUGGUGGGCGUGGCGGUGGACGACCUCAGCCUCCCGGUCAACAGGGUUAAUCACGUUGAUUUUUAAAUGCAUUAUUGAUUAGGCUUUUUGAUAGAACUAGGCCUUUUUGUUUCUCUGUAGUGGAAGAGUGUGUACAUGGAAACAUAGUGUAAAUUGCAGGAUUAGAAUAUAAUGUUUUUUCAGGGUAGGACGAUAAUGAUUUUUAAUCAUGCUUCACGUUACACCAUCAUCCCUUGUCCCAGCAAUGUCCACUUCAAAUGCUUAUCUAUAUGUAAUGGAGAACAAAAAAUCACAUUUUUCCUCAGUUUGCAAUGAAAGUUCAAAUGACUCAUUUAAAUACUAA